UUUGUUUAUUUUUGACUUUUCUCUCUCUGGAGCAAUAGUUAACAUUUUUUUAUUCUUUUUAAUUAAGAAUUUCUGUUAAAAGAAAGGAAAUGUGAUUUUUCACGCGAAGUGACUUUCUUUUCAUUUAGCCCGAUGCAAAUUAGAUUUGGUUUGGUUUCACAUUUCGCUAAAUAUAUGCAUUUCAUUCAUCUAGGAACACUUUAGUUUUCAAUUCUGAUAAAUAUGUCCAAUUCCAGAUUCUCUCAGGAAGAAUCAUUGCCUAAAACUGGAAGAGUCAAUGAAGUCUGUCAGGAAUGGAUGCUUAGGGAAGAUUCUGCAUUAGCUUAUCGUUUACAAAAUGAAGAAUUUACAGAUCAUUUGUCUGGAAAUAGACUAAGAAAUGCUUUAGUUAGGGAAGAUUUUCCAAAAGCUAGGAAUGAACAGUUAAGGGAACAAGAAAUGGCAGAACAAGCUGCUGCUAUUUAUCAAAGAAUGUUACAAGAACAAGAGGAAAUUGAUAAACAAGUUAGCAAUGUUGCUAAAGAAUUGGCAGAAAGGUUGGAAAAAGAGGAUAAAGUUAGAAAGAAGGUAAUUGAAUUGAAAGAUCAAGAUAUUGCUAGACAAUUAUUAGAAAAUGAAAGGCUAAAGGUGGAAAAGCACCAACAAGUACCCCCUUCAUAUUUGCAUUAUUCGCCUCAUAAACCAGUGUUGUAUCCUAAAAGAGAUAUACCUCUGUAUCCACCUCCAAUAAAUUAUGAACCAUCACCACAACAUUACUCUAAAAGACAAGGACUAGCCAUGCCCCUGCCCAAUGAAAAUGGUAAUAUUAGCUCAAUAAGAAACUUGGAUAGUCAUCAAGGGAUUGUUGUACAGGAUGAAACUGGUGUUACAGACAGUGCUGAAAUGUAUGUUGAACCAUACAACAGUACGAAAAUGUCAAAUGAUCAGCUAAAUCGUAUAGAUGUUGUAACUGAUGUACCAGAUGAUUUAGGAAUACCUUUCGAUGAAUUAACUUUGAGACAAAUUCAAGAGAAGAAAGAUGCUGAAUUGGCAAGAAAGUUACAAGAAGAAGAGGGAAAUGUGGAAGAUACAUUACUUAACAGAGAUAGAAUGUUAGCUAUUGAAGCACAAGAUAAAGAACUGGCCAAGUUAUUACAAGAGAGGGAAAGGGCUAAAGCAAAACGUGCUAGGGAAAGAGCUAAACAAAAAGCUCUUGCAAAAAAACAGCAGCAAGAGUCCGGACAAAUACCAGAUGGCGCCCAUUUACAAGCUUCUGGACAAAUUAUGCCGGACGAUUCAUAUGCAUUUCCUGCAGAUUUAGUUACGCAGCCUACGUCCAAAGUGCCGAAAAAUAUAUCCGCUGUCCCAGAUAUCUACACUGUACCUAAUCCAGACGAAGAGGAUAUAAGCUAUAGUCUUCCCGCUGAUGUGUUACUAGAGCGAAAUCAAAUAGCUAAUGGACAAAAUUACAGUCCCAAGAAACAAUUUAACGGAGGAGGGAGUCUUAAUAAUACACCAGAGAAAAAUAUUGGAGGAGGAAAUAGACCUACACAUUUGGAAUUAAGAUCUCCAUUAAAUCGUGCCAAUAAACCGAGAUAUCCUGAUCCGGAAUCUUGCGACACUCUAAAUACAAGUAGUGGAAGUCCUUCAGGAAAUACAUCACCUCUGCACUCAAACAUAGCUAUGGCUAUAGAUCCGACCUACUCGAGAAGAGGUGGAGGGUAUAGACCGCCAUCUAGCUACGACACAACUUCAAGUACGGUCACUACAAGCACUUCCAGCAGUAGCCCAGGUAUACUACCGCCUCCUGACAUAAGUGAACAAGAUGAUGAAAGUCCUGCUCCUCCAUAUAUGCCUAUACAAGGGCAAAGAAGAACAGCUUCAUUAGAAAAAAAGAAAAAGAAAUCUAAAGAAGGUGGUUGUAAGCAACAAUAAAAAUCUUGAAAAUUAUUUUGGUAGCUAAAACAUUAGUAAAUUUUAUAAUCAUGACAAAAAGCUUUUAUUUAUUAUUGCUAAAUUGAUAAUUAAUGAUUUAGUAAGUUUUUUUAUUAUGUUAAAAAAGAUAUUAUAGCAUGACAGUAUAUUUCAUAUUAUGUGUAUUGUGUUCUUAAGUACUUAUCUAACAUUAAUGUUGCAUUUAUUUCUUUAAUUUUAAGUGUAUAGUUCAUCUAUUUAAGCUUUAUGUUAUUUUUGACCACUAACAAUUAUUUUUAAUUAACUUUGAUAUUAAAAAAAAACAUAUCAAAUAAUCUUUUGAUUUAUCUUUUUUUAUUCUUUGUAAAGCAUUAAAUCAAAACUUAAUCAAUAAGUGAUUAUUAUUUUUUUGUAAUAUCUUUAUAGUCUAGUCUUUUUAAUUUUAUCUUAAUCUAUAUCACGUCUUUUAGAAUUUAAAUAUGUACCUUAAAUUGAAGAAAAUGUAUAUAAUACUUUUCUCCAAUGCAAAAUUCAUUUAUAAUUAAUAAUACCAAAUAAUAUACUGCUCAAUAUGUUAUUUAUAUUUACAAAUAUUUAAUUAUAAAUAUCUUAACUGGUGAUAUAAUUUACUCAGUUAUCAGGUGGUAGGUCUUUAAGUAUAUAUUGAUUUUUAUAUAC